AUUAGUACUUAUCGAAAACGGAGUACUAAAGUUGCAACGCACUUAUCAACGAAGAUUGUAGUUAAUAGAAAAUGGAACAAGAAUCAAGACGUAAAGGACCACGGAGUCCUAGUGCAGAUUCAGAAGACUCAUCUCACAGAAGAAGGUCAAGGAAAUAUGACCGAUCUCCAUCUCCAAGAAGAAGCAGAUACCGUAGAUCUCGUUCUAGAGAUAGGAGAUCACGUUCAAGUUCCAGAGAUAGAAGAAGAAAAGAUUCCAGCCGUUCACAGCAAGAGUGGAAACAACAAGCUGCAUCCCAGUCUCAAGCCUCAACUCCAAAUCCCACUAAUCCUGGUGGUUAUGUUCCAGCAGUUCAUAAUCAAUAUCAGGCUCCUCCACCUCCAAAUACCAGUCAACCACCACCACCUUUGCCAGCUUACAACCAAGGAUACAACAACUACAACUACAGCUAUGGACAAGGCUAUGACUACAGUUAUCAGCAACCAACUAGUUAUCGCAGUGAUUAUCCACCACCAAAUUGGCAGGGGAAUCAGGUACCUUAUAACAAUCAACAACCACCACCACCACCCACAUUAACAUCCCAGCAAGAAUCCUCAAGACCAGUGGACAGUAGUUCCUCUGGAUUAGUAUCAUCCUUAGCAAGACCAGAAGAUGCCAAGAAGGAAGCAGCAAUUGCAGCUGAAGUAAAACAACAGAAAGCAACUCUGGCCAAACAACGCGAAGAAUAUGUUAAGAAAUCUGCUACGUUACAACGCGAGCUGGAGAUUCUGCGUCAACAAUGCGAUGAAAUUGGUAAAGAAGGUGGACGAGAAAAUAAUCGUAUUAUCAAAGAAAAUCAAAAGUUACAGAUUGAGAUACAAAACAAAAUGAAAUCGAUACACAACGUUAUUGAUAUGCUUACCGGAAUUAUAGGAGACAAAGCUACUGUUGAUGAUCUUAAGAGCAAGUUUAAGUUAGAAAUUAACAAACGUUCAAGGAGUCCCAAAGAAGACUUUCCAAAAGGGAAAUCGGAGUCGCCCGACAGAUCGUCGGCGUCCGACUCUGACAAGGAAUCGAAAAUUGAUAGGGACACGAAAGAACGAAGGUCUCCUGAAGAUUCUAAACCUAUGUACAAUUUCGUGCAUUAUGAUCCAGAAAUGCAUUGGUGUAAAGUCUGCGAUAUAUUUCCUAAAACGGCAAAGGAAUAUUUGAAUCAUCUGCAUAGCAAUGAGCACAAAGAAGCUUGUUUAGAACGCAAGAUAGUUGAUAUGCCAUGGCAUGAGCGGAAUGGAGAGGGAACGGAAAAGGAAGUGCCCUAUUAUCCUGGACUGCCGACGAAAAGAACACCUAUUAAAGGUUUGCAGUUCUUCAGCGCUGCGACGGCAUGGUACUGUAAGCUUUGCGAUUCCUGGAUCGGCGAUCUCCAUUGUGCGAGUUUGCACCUGAAAUCUAAACAACACUCAGAAAAUUAUUCUCGUUUCGUUGAGCAAAAUCCACAUUGGGAAACCGAUUGGAUGGCGGAUCGUGAGAAAGCAUUCUCAGAGGAGAAGCAUAAGCAGAUACAGAUGGAAUUGCAAAAACACAAGGAGGAUGAUCCACCACCAAAGUCGAAGAAGUCAAAGAAGAGUAAGAAAAGUAAGAAAAAGUCUAAAAAACGAAGGAACAGAAGUAGCGGUAGCGACAGUUCCAGUGAAUCAGAAAAUUCAGAUACUGAUUCUGACCAAGACAUGUCCAAAAGUAUUCGUGUCGCUAUGAGAAAUAAGAUGAAGGCGUCAACUCAAGCAAUUCUUAACGAAGAGAUAGAUUAUCAUCGAAUAAAAUUGAAAGGCCAUUGGUCGAAAAUGGCUCAACAUUUGAAUCAACCAUCGACUCCAGAGCCCCAACCAGUGGAGACUGACGACAGACAAUUGUUAAAUUCCAUCAGAGACAAAUUGAAAGCGAAACAGGAAGAAGAGAUGAAGUCCAUCAGCAAUAGGAGACUAAGUCAAGAGAAAACCGUGGAAGAAGAGGAAGAGGAGCAAGAGCAGGCUUCUUUUUCAAAUAAAUCAAAAUCAGAGAGUCUGGAAGUUUGGGGACCAAAAGAACCACCAAAGCCUUUCUGGAUAAAGAAGGAAGAGGAGAAACUACAACCUAUAGCCAACAAACCGAUCGAAUUACCGAAACCAGAGGAAAUGCCUAAACCACACAUGGGAUUCUGGACAAAGCAGCAAGUUAAUAUGACCGUGAAACCGCCUGAAAACAAAUCUGUGGAGAAGGAGGACGAGAGAGAACGAGAGAGUGACAGAUACAAGGAUGAUCGUGAUAGAAAAUACGACAGACGAGAGGAUAAAUACGAUCGUUACAGCAGAUAUGAGAGAAGACGUGGGCGAGACAGAGACAGGGAUCGUGAUAGGGAUAGGGAUAGAGAUAGGGAGAGGGAUAGGGAUAGGGACAGGGACAGAGAUCGCGAAAGGGACUAUUACGAGGAUCGAAGGAAACGAGAUAGUAAUGAAUCCCCACGACGAGAGAGGAGUUGGCGCGAUAGUCCAAAGAGAAAUUAUGAUAAAUAUGGUAAAGACAGAAGAGACGAUAAUUCGUCCAAUGAUGAAUCUAAAUUCGAGAAGAAAACGAAUGAGUCUGCAUCCAAGUCCAAAAAGGGUGGUGUACAGACUAAAAAAUCAGCGCCUCAGGUGUCGAAAGGUAAAUUACCUUUUAUCGGUAGAUUGCCGUUGUUUAAGAAGAAAGCUGAAGAACCAAAGCUGCCUGAAAAAGAUAUCACCCCCUUACCCUAUCAACAGAGUAAGUUCGAGGAUACACCGAAGGUUCCCAAUGAAAUUAUAAAUCCACCUGGUGUGGUACACAUCACCAAAUUGGCAACACCGGUGAAUCUAGGUAAUAGUAGUACUACUAGUAGUAGCAACCAUAAUACCAGCAGUACUACCAUUGCCAGUAACAGUAAUAGUGCAAGUAACAGCAGUACUAACGUUUCACCUGCUCAAACGAACAAAAAUCAACCGAUGAAAAUAUUAGUGGCCCCACCACCACCAGUAUUGAAUGAAACUAAACCUACGCAACAAGUAGUCGAUAUGGAGAUAGAAGAUCAGUCUGAGGAGACAGUGAUAGAGGAGCCAAUGAUGGAGCAACAGAAACAAACACAGAGUAUAUCUAAGUUACCUCUGCCUCCUCAUCCUCCACCACCUCUGAACAGACCACCGCCAUCUUUCUCGACUCAGCAAUCACAGCAGCAACAACAACAAACAACACAGAACAGGCCACAGUUCCCUACGAAUCGACCUCCGCCGCCAUUUAUAACUAACCCACCGCCAUUUGUUCAAAGUCAAACACGAUUUCCUACUCAUCAGCCAGUGCGACCAUCUGUGCAGAGUCACCCUCCGUUUAUGACGAACCCGCCACCUCAGAUGCCUACUGUUCCACCAUACGUCCAGAAUCACCAGAAUCCACCACCGCCACCAUUACCAACAGUAGAGAAUACCACACCGGAUAUCUCUGAGAUUCCAGAACCUACUGAAAAACGAACAGAUCCAAGCAUUCCUCUACCAGAUGAUCUGCAAGAGGCUUUAAACAUUAUUUUUCCUAAAGAGGAGACAGAGACGAAACAACAAAGUCAACAAGAAAGUAAUAUUAUGUACUCGUCUAUGUAUAGUAUGUUAGGGUGCGUUGGCUAUGGGCCAGAGUACAUGGAUCAACCACCGCCGGAAAUUACACAAGCAGAAACAGAGGUGGAUACUCAACCCGGACCAGACGAUUUGAAGAUGUUAGGCAUCGAUGAGGGAGACACAAUCCUAUAAAAAAAAACUUUUUAUGAACUCACAAUGUUUCUUUCAUGAUACAAAAAUGUUCUCUUUGAUAAUAAGAAUCUAUCGUUUAAAUAUUGAGCCACUUGGUCGUUCACUCAUUUUACUU